AUGGAGCCGGGGAGCGGCCCCCGCGGCGGGGCUGCCGCUGCAGACAUCAAAGGCAGAAGAGAAAAUCAAGUUUGGUAUUUGAAAAUAUCAAAACUAGCAUUGGCUUUUGCAAUUAUCCACUCAAAACCACCAGGGAAGAGUUGCAAAGAAUACACUGAGCACCUUGCCAAAACUGUAUCCGAACAAGAUUUUGGAUGGAAAUCAAAAGUUGAAGCGCUGGAAGCUGAAGUUCUUAGAUUACGUCAGGAACUUCUUUUGAACAAGAUCUGUCCCAGAUUCUGCUUGGAAAAUGGAAAACCAGAUGCCUCUGCUGAAACUCUUCUGGAUCAGGAAUGUGUAAACCCUAUGAGUUACUCAAGCCAGCUAGAAGACUCUGGAUGUGAUGUCUCUAAUGACUAUGCAUUCGAUUCUUUAGGCGUAGCUUCUGAUUUUCACCAAUCUGAGCAUAAUGUCAACACUUCUAAACGUUGGUUGGAAAGAGUUCCCCCAUUGAAUCUUUGCUGUACUGGCAAGGAGGAAUCUCUGACUGCUCCAGUGCAGUUUUUGCAACAUCUGCUUGAAAUAAGAAAACUGUCAGAAGGAGGAAUUCUUCAAGCAGACUUCACAGAGCUUGAGAAUGAUUCUUUCACCAUAUGUAAUUCAGUGUCUCAGUUGCUUGAUGGACUGACUGUUUUUUACAACAGUCCUAAAUUUCCAGUUUCGAAUUUUCUUACUGAAGCGGUUUGUGUUUUGAUCAGUUUAAUAACUGAUACUAAAUUAUCUAAUCAUGUUUUGAAGAAGUGUUUCAAGAAGCUGGAAGAAUUUAAGAAAAAUCUAAUUCAGAUUAUUUUAAGAAACAGCAGUGUCAAUAGGUUUCAGGCACUGCAUGCUGUAUCACACACGCUGGUUUUGCUAGGAAGGAACAACAUACUAAGAAAUUCUUUAAUAUCUCUUCUACUAUCAGAAGUACGUCAGUUUGCUGAGCAGCUGUUGCAAGCUCACCAGAUCCAAGCCAUGUAUGACAUUAUCCAGUAUGAGAAUAUUUUUCCUUUGUGCAUGAUUCUGGAACAACUUCUUCAAAAUGAGACAGAAGAAAGUAACAUUUCAAGCUCAGACUAUGAUGGAGAAGAAAAAAUCAAAUUUCUGAAGAACCUUGAUCAAAUUAUUCUUCAUCUCUCAGAUGAAUUCCCUUUGUUUUCUUUGUAUUUAUGGAGAGUAAGUGUUCUUUUGAACUCAGCUCAAAUACAAAUUGAUUAA